ACUUCUAUCACUAUGGUGGGUGUUCAGUGUCUGACUGACUGUGAAUUGCACAACCAACUUGAGAAGCUUGGAUUUUCACCUGGCCCAAUACUACCUUCCACCAGAAAAAUGUAUGAAAAAAAGUUAGUGGAGUUGUUGGUCUCACCACCCUGUAAACGACCUGUCACGAGUAGACACCGAGAGUCGGAUGAAGCCGAGGACAGCGACAAGAGUGAAGAACUAAACAUCAUUUUGAAAGGAAAUAUCGGACUCUCAGCAGAAAAAGGCAAGGAAUUCAAGAAAAGACCUGAGGCUUCUACUAGUAAAGGAAGACCCUUGGAUACCCACUGCCUGAACCAGAAGCCCACCAAGGGGACCAGGUGGUGCUGCACCUGCACAGAGGGAGACAGGACUUGUUAUGAUGCCCCCGCCACUUGUUCGGCACCCCAGUGGGGACCUGAGAACCAUAAGAUCCGGGGUCCGGACUUCUUCAGCACUCAGCGUUUCACUGGCAGGUGUGCUGCAAGACUGGGUGCCAGGACCAAACCUGGGUGUGUCACCAAAGAGAAGGAUUACUGUGUGGGGAGCCAGAGCCCUGAGAGCAGGUUCCCGUGGAGCUUGAAGUUGGCCGUACUUGGCAUUUUCAUCAUUGUGCUGUUUGUCUAUAUAACUGUGGAAAAGAAGCCCCUCUUUCGUUAAGAGCUUUGUAAGCAAAGCAGUGUGUGCAGUGCCUGAGUAGUGCCCCAUGAGUCCUGCUUCAGAAAGGAAACACAGAACUUGCAGCAGGGGCUAUGGCCACAGCCAGGCAGCUAACCCCUACCCCCCAAUCCCUGUGAGGUAGAAGAACAAGGGCAGAAUCGGGCAGCAUGCUAGAGACAUGAUUGUUUGGAAGUCCUGACUCAAGUAAACCAACAUUAAAGGUACUUCCACUUCCACGUAAGGGCACUUUUCUGAAAAGGAAACUGCCUGGGCAUCCCUCCCUCUUCCCUCCUCCCCUCACCCCAGCUUUUCAUUUCCCCAAACAAAAGCCUUCGCAUUCUUAUUACUGCAACCUUCUAGA